AGUAUGGGUGUGAUAUGAAGGGAGGGUAUAUAAAUGUCCAGGGAACAACACAGGGCCACAGUCUGCCAGCCUGAGGAGACUGUCACACACUCCUCCAGCAGAGAAAAGAUGAAUCUCCCAGUCCUGCCCUCCAUCCUGCUGGUCAUCUCUACUGUUCAUGCUUUCCAGUAUACUGACCUGGUGCAGUAUAUUGACAGCCAUCAAGAAGAAUAUGUAGAGACUCUGCGGGAAUGGGUUGCAGUUGAAAGUGACUCCAGUAAUGUCCUGAAGAGACCAGACCUACACCGCAUGAUGGAGAUGGCGGCUCAGAAGCUGAGGCUGAUGGGAGGGACUGUAGAGCUGGUGGACAUCGGAGAACAAGAACUUCCUGACGGGCAAACGUUAGCAUUGCCUAAAGUGGUGACUGCUCAGUUUGGCAAUGACUCCAGCAAACACACAGUGUGUGUCUAUGGUCACGUGGACGUCCAGCCAGCGAAGCUAGAGGAUGGCUGGGCAACAGAUCCCUACAACCUGACUGACAUCAAUGGUAACCUGUACGGAAGAGGAGCAUCAGAUAACAAGGCCCCAGUUUUAGCCUGGAUUCAUGCUGUGGAGGCUUACCAGGCCCUCAACAUGGAGCUACCAGUGAAUGUGAAGUUUGUUAUUGAGGGCAUGGAAGAGACAGGCUCUAAUGGCCUGGAUGCCAUGAUCCUGGCCCAGAGAGACACCUUCUUCUCUGACGUGGAUUACAUAAUCAUCUCAGACUGCAGCUGGCUCAGCAGACGACCUGCCCUCACCUAUGGCACCAGAGGCAACUGCUACUUCUUUGCUGAGGUUGAAGGACCUAAACAGGAUUUACACUCUGGAGUGUAUGGAGGCACUGUGAUUGAACCAAUGACUGACCUCAUUGGUAUUCUUGACACACUGAUCAGCCCCAGCGGUAAGAUCCUGAUUCCUGGGAUUAGGGAGGCUGUGGCUCCCCUCUCUGAUGAGGAAUGGAAGAUGUACCAGGACAUUCAGUUUGACAUCGACAGCUACAAGAACAAGAUUGGUGUCAGCCAGCUCAUGUACAACAACAAGGUGGACCUGUUAGCCCACAUGUGGCGCUACCCCACCGUCUCCAUCCAUGGCAUUGAGGGGGCCUUCUCUGACCCUGGCACAAAAACCGUCAUUCCUGCUAAGGUCACUGCUAAGUUCUCAAUUAGACAAGUCCCCAACAUGGACCCGGCAAUGGUCAAGAAACAGGUGACAGACUACCUUCACUCUGUGUUUGCCAAGAGGAAGAGUCCUAACACGCUGAAAGUCACUAUGGUGAUUGGGGCAAAGCCUUGGCUGGCUGACACACAGCACCCUCUUUAUGAGGCUGGGAAAGCUGCUGUCAAGAGAGUUUUUGGCAUGGAUCCUGAUCUGAUUCGUGAGGGUGGGACCAUCCCGAUCGCCAGAACCUUCCAGGAUGUGAUAGAAAAAAGCAUCAUCAUGAUGCCCAUCGGAGGCUUUGAUGACGGGCUGCACUCCCAGAACGAGAAAAUGAGCAGGUACAACUAUAUUGAGGGAACCAAGUUAUUCAUCGCCUACCUGAACGAAGUAUCCCUCAUUAAGAAGACUACUGUGUGAUGUUUUGCAGCAUUAUGAAGUGACUUCCUCAAACAUUCCAUUCUGAUUUUAUAUCAUCACUCUGCCUUUCUCUCUGCGUCUUACCAAGCUUUUAUUUAUCUGCAUCUCAAGCACAUCCUCCCUUUCCUGCCCUUCAGUCUCUUUUUCACUUUUUUUCAAAUAGAACAUUUUUUUCUAGGAGCAAUUAAAUGAUCUAUCUAUCUAUCUAUCUAUCUAUCUAUCUAUCUAUCUAUCUAUCUAUCUAUCUAUCUAUUUAUCUAUCUAUCUAUCUAUCUAUCUAUCUAUCUAUCUAAUCUGUUGUUUUGACAUUGUGAGUUACAUGCUAUUUCUGAUUGGUUGAAGUGUCUGGAGUUGGGUCAUGUUGCUGUUUUCAUCACUCACUUUGUAUAUGUGGCAUUUGUUUAUGCUCCAUACAAUGUCAGACAGUACUGUAAGUGUGUCUGUGUCGAGUAGUAAAAGCUGAACAAUGCAACAAUGUAUGUAUUUGUAUUUUUCAACCAUGUAAGAAAGUAUAUGAAGGUAAGGAAUGGUCAUAUGAGUGUUGAGUGUUAAUAAUGAAACACACACACCUAUAUUGUUCCAUCAGUUCCAACGCAUUUAUUUACUGAUCAAACACUGAAGACUCAUAUAGUUUCUCAUUUCACAGCUAGGAAAAUCUAUACAGAAGCUGUACAUACAAAUGCACUGCUCCCAGCAGUUGAUGUAUAUAUGGACAGAAUCCAGCCAGUGUGAGCACUCUAUCAUGACAAAAUCACACAAUCACAAAAUCCUGUGCUUUACUGUGCAUCUGACAGUUGCUAUAUACAUGUGUUCAGAAGUGAUGAAGCAAAUUAUUACAUUUAUAUUUUCUUUUGUUAUCAAUAGUCACUGAGAAAUGCAUUAAUAAACAUUAAAAAGUGGUUGUAUUUGCCUAGAACUAUAUUAUAGUGUGUUAAUGUACUGCUAAAUGCAAGGUAGGGAGGGUUAAAAUAAAGUGUCAACCAAAUAUGAA